AUGCCUUCGUGGGGUAUCUUGCAAGACCCGAAGCACCCAUAUGUACCAGGAACCAUUAAACUCAACGAGGACGUCAGCGCAGAGAAGCUCGCCGACUGGGAAUAUCAGGAGCCAAAGAAGAGGGGAGAUACUAUACUCAACCCUCAGCCCUCAGAUAGUCCCAAUGACCCUCUGAACUGGCCGACGUCUACCAAGCUGGCGAUCCUGGUUAUUCUCUCUUUCGCAUCUGGUGUCACGGUCUCACUUGGGCCGAUGCUCACACCUGGUAUGGAAGACAUCGCCAAGAAGUUCAACGUCACGACAGAUCAGGCUUCAUUUAACCUCGUCGGACUUUUACUGGCUGCGACGGGAGGUGCACUAUGCUUUACAGCCGCUGCGGCGGCGGUAUGGGGGAAAAGACCGGUUUUUUUCCUGUCCACGUUGUGCCUGUUUGCUACAAGCACCUGGGGUUUCUUCUCUCCCAACCUUUUGUCUCUGACGGCUUCGAGAUUCAUUCAGGGAGUGGCUGCUGCUCCCCUGGACACACUCAUCGGUGCCACAGUGUCAGAACUGUUUUUCGUUCAUGAGAAGGGCAGGAUGUUGAGUAUUUGGAACAUGUUUGUUAUGGGUGGUCCCAAGCUCGGCCCACUGGUUUCCGGCUUCAUCAUUCAAAACCUCGGAUUCGAAUUUACCUUCGGCAUCUGCGCGCUGCUCUACUUUGUCAUCGCCGUCCUGAUGUAUUUCCUACUCCUCGAAACGGUCUUUGUCGAAAAGGAGCCCGUAACCGAAGUCAUCUUUGACAAGUCUUCCCUUCGGAUCUACGAAAUCAUUAUCCCGGAAAAGAAGAAGAGCUACAGCGAGCGCCUCAAGAUCUUCCAAGGCCGUGUGUCGAAGAAUGCCAGCUUCUGGCGCCUGUCUUUCAAACCCUUUCCCCUCAUUUUGUUUCCUGUAGUCAUCUACGCCGCUAUCACAUUUUCUACAUACGCAGCAAGCAUCACUCUCGUUGCAUUACUCCAAGACACCAUCUUUUCAGAAGCCCCUUACAACCUCACCGUGUCGCAAAUCGGCCUGACCAACGUCCCCCUCUUCGCCAUCGGACUCGUCGGCACCCUCUUAUCAGGCUACGCCGCCGAUGGAAUAGUGCAGUUCAUGACGCGCAAGAACAAUGGCGUCUGCGAGCCCGAGUUCCGCCUCGUCCUCAUGCUCAUAGCCGCCACCCUCAGCACCACCGCCUACCUAGGCGUCGGCUACAGCGUGUCGGCCGGGGCGCACAUCUCCAUCCCCAUCGUCUUCCUCGGCCUGCACACGGCCGCCGUCCCCUUCGCCAACAGUGCCAUGUUCACCUACGUGAUGGACUGCCACAGCCAGCACGCCCCGCAGGCCUUCGUCACCAUGGGCCUGGCCAAGGGCCUCAUGGCCCUCGGCCUGAGCAACUUCGUCAACGGUUGGUACGACAAGUCGGGCCCCAAGGCCGUGUUCACCAUCGUGGCCAUUGUCAGCCUCGCCGUCUCGCUCAUGUCCCUACCAAUGUACAUCUUUGGCAAACGUCUGCGCAGCAAGAUCGCGCGCAGCUCGUUCCAUCAGGGCAUCUAA